AUGGAAAAUAAUACAAAAACUAAAUUAAACCAAGAAAAUGUAAUACAGAAUUUUCUUACAAAUUUAUUUUCGUUCAUAUAUGAAAAAUUAUUUCAUAUAAUAAAAGUAAUGUCCAUUUAUUUUAAUAAGUGGAUUGACAAAUGGUAUAUUAUAAGACUAAAUCCAAAUGAUUUUUUUUAUUUUAUAAUCAUACAUGUUAUAAUAAUAUUGUCUAUAAUAUUUUUAUUAUAUCUUCAUACAUAUAAAAAAAACAAACAAAACAUAUAUUCUGUUAACCAAAAAGCAAAUAGAAAAAAAACAUCUCAAAAAAAAAAAACAGAAGAUAAUAAAGGAGAAGAUAAACAAAUUGAUGAUAAAUAUCAUAAAGGAAGAAGAAAAAAACAAAUCGAUCAACAAAAUGAUGCUACAUAUAAUAAUUUUAGAAAUGAAGAAAAUCAAAUGAUAAAUAUAAAUGAGUCUACAAAUAGAUAUGUGGAACCGUAUAUUGAUUUAACAAAUGACCACAUUAAUUUACAAGAAAACGAACAUUUAAUCAUAAACGAAAAAAGAAAAUCAAAAAAUGAGAAGCAAAAGGAAAAAGAAAAGGAAAAAGAAAAGGAAAAAGAGAAAGAGAAAGAAAAAGAGAAAGAAAAAGAGAAAGAAAAAGAAAGUACAAAAAGAAAAAAAAAUUCAACAAAUGUAAUAACAGAACAUACGAAUGAAUAUAUUAGGGGAGAUAGGCUGCGUAAAAUAUAA